AUCGACUUCCAUCCAACAUCCUAAUUGUUGACCAUCAACCUCACACACCAACCCAGCAAGCUCAUCAUGUCAAAGUUCUUCAACGCAUGGCUACAGGACCAGGACUGUCGGACUAGGAUUCGCGAAAUACCAUGGGAGGGUUAUCAUAGGGCCUCAUUAAUCUCUGCCGAUGACCUCGCAUUACUACAGGCUACAGCCAGUCAGCCAAAAAUCAAGCAAGAGCAAAUAUGGGAGCACGACACCGAGAAAUACGUUUCGUUGUAUCUCAAUUUGCUUUCGCAACUAAGUAGGGUGGAUUGUUUACAGGCAACGCUUGUCUAUCUCAGUGACAUGAUAGAAGAUCACGAAGAACGAAUUGCACUUCUCCUCGAUCACGCCGUGAACCCCUACGCUGCCCUCACUCCUCAUCUAGAGUCGCCCGAUUAUUACAUUCGGAUCAAGGCUUUGUCACUUCUGAGUGUUCUUUUAGAAUUCCACCCCACACCUCCGCAAGAUGUGCUUUCAACUAUUGGACCCAUGAUUGCCCGCUUGACCGGUUCGGGAGAUUCUAAUGAGCAAGAACUGGGUAUCGAGUUGUUUGAACAUGUUUUGAGACAGCCCCUCGCAAGACAGGCUGUAUGGGCUUCAGCUGAAGAAUCGGGAGCAUCUAGCAAUGGCGAAACAACUCAGUCAAACGUGAUUUCAAGUUUGGUUCAAAUGAUGAAAAGCGCUAGCCGUAUGACUGCCCAAAUACAAUAUCAACUGGCUUUCUGUUUUUGGCUCCUCACCUUUGAUGUCGCAAUCGCAUCCCAAUUUAAUAAGCGGUUUUCUGUCAUACCACUCCUCACAGAGCUAGCCAGGAGUGCAGUGAAAGAAAAAGUUAUUCGAAUACUUGUGGCAACAUUUAGAAAUCUAGCAGAAAAGGCACCUGAGGCUAAUUUGGCCACCAUGUUGGUAGCCGGCAACCUUCUACCACUCAUCCAAAACUUCUCCUCUCGUAAAUGGUCUGAUGAUGAAUUAAAAGAUGAUAUUGAGUGGUUAAAGGAACAACUUGAAGAGGCCAAGCGGAAAAUGACCACAUACGAUGAAUAUUUGACCGAAUUGGAAUCGGGCUUGUUGCGUUGGUCACCACCGCAUACUUCUGAGGAAUUUUGGUCGCAAAAUGCCGACAAACUUAAUGAGAAAAACCAUCAACCACUCAAAAAAGUCAUCGAGCUCCUAUCAAGCGCAUCCGAUCCAGUUGUAUUGGCAGUGGCAGCAAACGAUUUAUCGCAAUAUGUCAAACACAGUGACGUCGGCAAAAGAUCGGCGGAGCGGUUGGGUGCUAAACCUGUUGUCAUGAAGUUGAUGACUCACCAAGAUUCAGAUGUCAAGUACUGGGCUUUGGUCAGUGUGCAGCAACUGGUCAGUCAACCUUGGAGCUAUUGAUAUAGCUUUAUUCGAGGCCACCCGUGUCUACUCCCGGUUUCCUUGGAUCCAUAUUUCAUUUAAUUUUCAUCUCUAUCGCCUUUCACCCGUAGCGCACUCAAGCGCCUUUCUUCAAUCUUACAUCACUAUACUGUAAGAGAGCAAUUCAAAUGUCUUUUCUUUUUCUUUUUUUUUUCUUUCUCACUGUUAACCCUAUUUGAUCACCACUUUCUGCAGCCUGUUAAUCUAUCGCUACAUCCUUCAAAACCACAUCUUUUGAUCAUUUCUUUUCUUUCAUGUGUUUUUAUUUGCCUCAAUGAAUUGUGUUUCUACGUGUUUAACGAAACAAGGGACUGUCUCCGUGGAUCUCGCUUUUGAUUCACUUCUUCACUAAGUAGUGUUGAAUAGUGCUAUUCAUACUUCCAGAAUCCUUCAUACA